CAAAUGAUUCAGUAUUAAUGUCAAGUAUUAUAACAAAAAAACUAGAUUUAUUAUUGACUAAUAAAACAUUAAUUAUUUUUUCACUUAUUAUAACUCUAUGUAGUUUAUAUUAUUUUAUUAUUUAUAAUAAAACAUCAUCAUCAACAAUAACCUAUCUUAUUUCAUCAUUAAGACCAUCAUCAUCAGAACAACUUAAUCCUAAUCAAUGUCAAUUAUCUAUGAAAGAAUCUGAUAAUUGGUUUUGUGAAUUAGAUUCUGAUUGGAAACGUCGAAAAAGACUUCAUCAUAUACAAGAUAAACGUAAUCGUUUCUCCGAUGCACGUCCAUUAUUUUUUCAAAAUAAUUGGGAACCAACAAUACAAUGUGAAUUUGAACGACGUCUUGGAAAUAUUGGUGAUGGAGGAAAAUGGAUUUGUGAUAUACAUUGUUUUGGACCUAUGAAUACUACAAAUAUACUUGUUUAUUCAUUGGGUUCUAAUGGUGAUUUUAGUUUUGAACGAGCAAUUAAAGGAUUAUUUUCAAAGGCAGAAAUUCAUACAUUUGAUUUAGGAGUGUAUAAAUGUCCUAAAAAUGUUUGUAUAUUUCAUCAAGUUCGUUUAGGUAGUGGAAAAAAUGAUAGUUCAAAAUCUUUACAAAUGAUUAUGAAAGAUCUUGGUCAUCAAAAACGACAAAUUCACAUACUUAAAGUUGAUAUUGAAGGUAGUGAAUUUAAUUUUUUUGAAGAAUUAUUUCAAUCUUCAAAUAAUAAUCAAAAUGAUCUACCUUAUAUUCGUCAGAUUCUUUUUGAAAUUCAUCUUGCUCAUGAUGUAACUGAAGCACCAAGUCAACGUACACAUAAAUUAUUUGAAUUAUUUCGUACAAAUCAUUAUGCAAUAUUUCAUAAAGAAGCUAACUUAUAUAAUGCACAAAAUGUUUUUGAAUAUGCACUAUUACGUUUAAAUCCAACGUUCUUUAUAUCGUCGUUAUAA